CCGCAUUUAGAACACGCGCCUGUUUCUCUACAAAAUCUGCUGCAUAUUCUCCAAUCAUAAAGAACUUCAUAUUGGAAUUACUAUUGCAAUUAUUAACAAUACAUUGACAGUCAGUUAAUUCAUCUAUAACAUUGUUGCUUUGGAAUUAUUACUUUAUAUUUGCCUAUUUAAACUCAAAGUGACCUUUGUUUUCGGUGAGUCUCAUAUAUAUUUCUUGUUGUUAUUUUCGACUUAUUCAUAUCAUAUAUUUCAAUCCUCAGCUUAUUAUUAUUGCUAUUGUUAUUAUUUCUUCGUAUCAUGUCACUUGAUAAUUCACCAAGCCUUUCAUCUAAGUCUAUUUCCGUGGGUGCCAUCUCUGUACCUUUACCUGUCUUUAAUCCCCGAAAGGCCGAACUGUGGUUUGCACGCUUAGAAAGCUUUUUUGUUGCAAACAGAAUCACAAAUCAGAACACAAAAUUUAGUUAUGCAAACUCAUUGCUGCCAGACGAUGUUAUAGAACAAGUGUCUGACGUCAUUUUUAAACCGGAUCCAGACUCACCAUACGAUUGUCUAAAAAGAGAGGUCAUUCGUGUUACAUCACUCACCGACCAGCAAACAAUUGAUCAACUUUUAGCUAAUGUAGAGCUAGGUGACAGUACACCAUCUCAACUGAAACGCCACAUGACAAAUUUAUUGGGGAAUCGUUCAGUAGAUAAACGUCUAUUAUAUCAAUUGUGGCUCAGACGUCUCCCACAAAACAUCCAACAGAUACUAGCGAUCGGAGACGAGGAUAUAGAUUUUGAUAAGCUAGCAGAUAUAGCCGAUAGAAUUUACGAGCGAACUAGGACGCACUCCGUAUCUCACAUACAAUCAAACUCAUCUGACGAGAUCGCCGAGUUGCGACGAACAGUCGAAGUCCUCGCUAAUCAGAUAGCUCAGCUCCAAUUUUUGAAUACCUCCCACAGCAAGCGGAAAGGAAGGUCCAGAAGCCGUAAAAGUCGUAGUCCAAGCACCACUCGACAUAACAUUUGUUGGUACCAUAAAACGUACGGUAAGCAAGCUAAAAAAUGUACUCCUCCCUGUAAUUUCGCAAGCACACAACAAAGAGACCAUCAUGAACGUCGGUUAAUGACGACUGCAGUCGCUGAACACAACUCUCAAAGCAGUCGUUUGUUAUAUGUUACAGACAGAAGGACUGGGACACAGUUCUUAGUCGACACUGGGGCAGAGGUUAGUGUAGUACCACCCACUACACUUGAGAAAAACACACCUGACCCCAAACUAAAACUACAAGCCGCAAACAGAUCUGAGAUCAAGACGUACGGCAAAAGGCAUUUACAAUUAAAUUUCGGUCCUAAAUCCAAGUUUUCAUGGAACUUCAUCAUAGCUGACGUCCUCAUUCCUAUAAUCGGCAUUGAUUUUUUACAAUCCCAUAAAAUACUCGUAGAUGUAAGAAGUCGGAAACUUGUCCUUGCUGACCAUAGCAGCGAAAUUAGAGGGAUUAUUUCUAACGAGACAUCCAUACAUUUAUUGAUCAAACCUCAUCGUGAGAAUGACAAGUACGUUAGUUUACUUAAUCAGUUUCCAGACUUAUUACGACCGAAUUUCAAACGGGACAAACUGACACAUACCGUCGCACAUCAUAUAAAGACAGAGGGUCCACCAGUGUUCGCACGUCCAAGACGCCUUGACCCCUCUCGUUUGGCUCUAGCAAAGAACGAAUUCAACAAAAUGAUAGAGUUGGGUAUCAUACGCCCCUCCGAUAGUCCGUGGGCAUCACCGCUCCAUUUGGUACCCAAGAAAAACUCUUCCGAAGUUAGACCGUGCGGUGACUAUAGAGCUCUCAACAGCCGUACUAUACCAGACAAAUAUCCACUUCCACAUUUGCAUGACUUCACUCAUAGUCUAUCUGAUGUGACGAUUUUUUCAAAAGUUGAUCUCGUCCGCGCUUACCAUCACAUUCCAAUUCACCCGGACGACGUUCCCAAAACAGCCAUUACUACCCCAUUUGGAUUAUACGAAUUUGUUCGCAUGCCUUUCGGAUUAAGGAAUGCUGCACAAAGUUUCCAGCGUUUUAUCGACCAAGUAGUACGUGGCUUACCUUUCGUAUAUGCUUACAUAGAUGACCUUCUUAUCGCAAGCAAAAAUGAAAAUGAACAUCUAAUUCAUCUGAAAAUGCUUUUUGAGAAGCUAAACGAGUAUGGGUUAACAGUCAACCCUGACAAAUGUGAGUUCGGAAAACAAUCCCUCACCUUUUUAGGUCACGUAAUUGAUAGUCAAGGCAUCAAACCAGUUCCUGAGGAAACACAAGCCAUCAAAAAUUAUCCUUUACCAGAUUCAUUCAAGAAACUACGACGUUUCCUUGGGAUGAUCAACUUUUACAGACGUUUUAUUCCGAAAUGUGCAGACAUAGCAAAACCGCUAACUGAUUUAUUAAGGGGACGAGCUAAAUCAUUGACAAUGACACCGCAAGCAAUUCAAGCAUUUGAACAGUUAAAAAGCACAUUAAGCACUGAGGCAUUACUAGUACGUCGAAAGGUUGAUGCACCUUUAGCAGUAAUGACCGAUGCCUCUAAUGUAGCAGUAGGCGCUGUGCUUCAACAACAUGUCGAUCAACAAUGGCAACCCCUUGCAUUUUUCUCAAAAAAGCUUAACUCAACGCAAACAAAAUAUAGCACAUUCGGUAGAGAACUGUUAGCUGUCUACCUAGCCAUCAAACACUUUCGGUAUAUGUUAGAAGGCAAUUCUUUUACGAUAUAUACGGAUCAUAAACCUCUAACUAAGUCCUUGAUGCACAAUCAUGAUAAAUACAGUCCGCGCGAAAUUCGUCAACUAGAAUUCAUUUCGCAAUUUGCAGCUGAUAUACGAUACAUAAAAGGCAAUGCAAAUGAGGCAGCAGAUGCACUGUCGAGAUUAAGUAUCAAUACCUUCUCGAUCCCUGAUAUAAACUAUCAAGAUAUGGCAAAACAGCAAAAGCUCGAUAGGGAGCUACAAAAGCUUUUGCAGUCUAAGGAAACGAAGUUAGUAUUCGAAAACGUCUCCAUAAACAACAAGGACAUCUUAACUUGUGAUACCUCAACAGGUAAAACUCGCCCUUUUGUACCUUGUGACAUGAGACGAAACAUUUUUGAGAAACUACACAACAUAUCUCAUCCAGGUAUAAAAGCCACUGUAAAGCUUAUCACAGAUAGGUUUGUAUGGCCAAACAUAAACAAAGAUGUACGAAAAUGGUCACGGGAAUGCAUCCAAUGCCAGAAGUCAAAAGUACAUCGACAUAUCAUAUCUCCUACAGGAAUUUUCCCCGCCGCUAGCGCUAGGUUCGACCACAUUCAUAUCGACAUUGUUGGACCGUUACCAAUUUCUAAUGGUUACACGCACAUACUAACAUGUAUAGAUAGAUUUACGAGAUGGCCCAUAGCUGUUCCGUUAAAAGACACGUCAGCAUCAACAGUAGCGAAGAAACUGGUGAAACACUGGAUUACAAACUUCGGUGUCCCUACAACAAUUACGACCGACCGUGGAGCUCAGUUUGAAAGCAAACUAUUUCAGCAACUUACAGAUACUUUCGGUAUAAAGAGAAUUAGAACCACUGCUUAUCAUCCGACUGCUAAUGGAAUGAUAGAGAGGUUUCACAGACAAUUAAAAGCCUCUUUGACAGCUGCUGGAGGAGAUUACAAAUGGGAUGCCAAACUUCCUUUGAUACUAUUAGGCAUUCGCUCAUCUAUAAAACAAGACAUUGGUUGUUGUGCUGCCGAGUUGGUGUAUGGAACAACGUUACGUUUGCCCGGUGAAUUUUUUGACCGCGCAACAGAUAUUCCAGCAGACAUAACCGACUAUGUACAACAAUUAAAACAACAGAUGGAAUCAAUUAGGUCCGUUGAACCACGAACCCAAAAGGUGAGAUCAUUCGUACCUAAUGAACUAGACAAAUGCUCACAUGUAUUCGUCAGAAAUGAUAGAGUACGACAGCCGUUACAGGCUCCUUACGACGGCCCGUUUAAAAUCAUCCGAAAAGACGGUAAAACAAUUACAGUGGAAAGAGCAGGUAAACAUGACACUGUUAGCAUCGACAGAAUAAAACCAGCGUUUUUAGAGAACACUGAGAAACAGGCAACUGUAAAACCAUCUAAACCUGCAGCAGAGCAAGCAUCAAAUAGACUAACUGCAACAAACAAAACUUCACUCAAAAGUACGCCCGCAACAGAAACCACAACAAGAUCAGGAAGAAAAGUACACUGGCCAGAUAGGUAUGUAGCAACCACCAUAUUUAUCUAGACCAAGUCCUGAGAUUGCUCUUAUACCACAAAAAUCCUUCUUUAUUUUCAUUACUAUAUUUUAUUGGCCCCACGGAUCUUCAUUAUGCUUACAUUUUAACUUUAUGAAAUUCGUUGAUGUUAAAUAUACAUUUAUACAUACAUGAUACAAAGCGUUUCAACACACAAGCUGUUAUGACAACUUAACGCUUACUCAUCAUCAUAUCAAAUUGUACAUUUAUUUUAAAGACAAUUUCGUUUUUUAUCUCUUUGUCGAACAUAGAUGUUAAUAAAAAUUUUUUUUGUAAAUAAAAACAUCAAUGUUCUGGAUGGGAGCUUAUGUAGCAAGCCCAUUCCAUUAAUGUAUUAUUUGUCUACACAACUGUGUUAAUUUCCAUAUGAGUAUGAUUGAGCGUGUGUCUGCACUUCUAUCCCUAUUCUAUUCCCCAUUGGUUGUGACACAUAGAUAAUCAAUAAUUUAUCUACACUUGAUUGAUACUCAAAAAUAUAUAUGGAUCUUUUAAC